AUGCCAACGAGAACUACCAGAUCGGUGUCGCAAGAUUGGGAGCCAAUCGUGCUCCAUAAAUCCAGACCGAAGUCAGAGGUCCUUCGUGAUCCCAAGGCCGUGAACCAGGCCCUCCGAUCCCGCGCAAAGCUUGAUGAGGUCGCCGAGCCAGCAACACUUGGCAGGGUGUCGCCGGAAGUGAGACAGUUGAUUCAGAAGGCGAGGAUAGAUAAGAAGAUUAGCCAGGAUGAUCUCGCGAAGCAGAUCAACGAGAGGCCUGUGGUUGUUCAGGAGUCCGAGAACGGGAAAGUAGAUCAACGCCAGGCUAAUGUUGACAGUUGUUGA